AUGAUCCCCUUUUUCGACAGCAAGGUCAUGAUCUACAUCCAAUGGGCUCCCUCUGGACAGACAGUCAACAAAGAGUACUGUGUGGAGGUCUUGAGGGAGUUCCGAAAGAGAUUUUCGUCGCAAAAGGCCAGCGCCAAAUAUUUGACCGAGAUGGGCAUCAAGACAGUUCUUCACCCCCCUUACAGUCCAGACCUUGCUCCCUGUGACUUUUGGUUGUCCCCCAAGCUCAAGGACAACCUCAGAGGCAGUCGUUUUGAGACCACUGAGGAGAUGAAAGAGGCUGUGACGAGGGUCGUGGACACGUUCACACUGGAGGACAUCCAAGGGGCCUUCCAGAAGUUGUUGGAACGAUACAACAAGCGCAUUGCAGCUGGAAGGGAGUACUUUGAAGGGGACUAG